AUGGCCGAUGAGGAGGAUCCCUCUGAUCUCUUCGCCGUUCCCGAUUUCUGGCGACCUUCGAACUGGCUUGACAACGCUGUCGGCGACAACACUGUUCACAGCCCUCUAUUUGUCUUUAAGGGACCGAGCUCCGGAGGCCGAGCGGCGUCCGAUAGCCUCAUAGAUACCGCCGAUGUUCGGGGUUUGGGAUCUCAGGCUGACGGUGGAGAUGCCUUCUUCAAGCUACCAUCGCUUCUGAAGGAACUGGCCGACCAAGAACCUGCGUUGCCCAUCCACCCGCAACCCAACGGACAUCGUGUUGAGCUUCCCGAGUCAGAACUCGACCCUCCGUUAUCCUCGGAUGAUGAGGAUUUCUGGAUAUCUCACGCCGGUGAGGACAUCGCCGCCCCGUCUACGUUUAGAACCUGGGAGAAUUUCAACCGAGCCGACCAAGAUGAUAUCGUCCCGUCCUUCGUUUCCGAAGCGGGGCCUUCCGCAUUAGAUGCACUCUUUGCCGCACACUCAGAAACAGGACACGGCCCGGACGUGAUUGACACCGCAAUCUACUGCGCGUGUCUGCGGAAUCUCGCUCUAGGGAGAAGCUCCGCGCUCUUUUCAUGGAGCCCGGAGAAGGAAUCGUUUAUCAAGACGGUGCCUCAUCUCAGGAUCUCUGGUCUUUCGCUGGACUCGGUCCGCGCUGUAGACAAGCUUUGUCUUGAUUGUGGGAAUUCACUCAGAUACCUUCAAGAUUUCUCCGAGGAGGAAUAUUCUGCAGCUGCUACACCUGUUAGAGUUGCCCUCGCUGGGGUUGUUGACCGGCUGGUUAGAGCGGUCCGGUCUGAGCUCAGCGAUCACAGCUACAGGAUCAGAUCCGUUCUCCAACUGCAAUCCUCGAUUCGCCCAGCUCAGUCAGUCUUGUCCUACUUUGAUCGGCUUAUUAGGGAGCUCGCUCGGCAAAAGUCCGAUGAGGGCCUUCUCUCAUGCCUUUAUGAAGAGGCACAAACCUCGGAAUACCGAGAUGGGCUUUUGAAAGAUGCCACGCGGGAGGUGCUUCGGGUUUUAUCAGACCCAUGGACUGCCUUCGUCGAGGAAUGGAUAGGUCUGAGAGCGGAGGGGGGGAUACCUGUAACCAAGACUGGUCCUGGAAAAGCUUUCGUCAUGGUCGCGGAUAGGAUGUGGAUUGACGACCAGGGUUUUGAGCUAGAGGACGCCGAUUACUUUCUUGACGGAGAGAAGGUCCCAACGUUUAUUCCAAAAGACAUGGCUCGGGUUAUGUUCGAAACUGGGCGCGACCUCAGGUUCCUGCGCGAGCAUCACCCAGACCACAUCCUCUCCCAACCGGACAUUUCAUCGCUUGCGAUACCGCCAAGGCUGGGGUGGGAGUUCGACUGGGAAUCGGUCUCCAAGCUCGAGGCCAGAGUCAACGAGUACCGGGACGAACUAGUACUAGCUAUUCAGCAAGGCUGUUCAGCCGUUCCCAGGCCGGUAUUCUCCGGUUGUAGAAAAAGGAAAUACGACGAGGCGGAACUCGAGUAUUUCGGGAAAGACGAAAAUCAGGUGGAGGCCAACAUUCUCGCGUCCAUCCGCCAACUCGACCAGCCACUUCAACCGCCCAAGCCGAGAGAUGCCCUCACCCAGCUUCUCCGCAAUCGACUUUACCAAACGGACGCAAUUAGCGUCCCCAACAAUCUCACUCUUCAUUGGACGCUUGUUCCUUUGCUAUCCUUUGGCCCAGCUAUCGAGGUUCAAUCGACACUCAUCGGCCAAGAAUGCAUGAAACUUAUUUUCACCGCCCACCACAUCCGCGAUCAUAUCGAUCUCUUUAAGCAAUAUUUCCUCCUUGGGAAUGGCCUUCUCGUCAGCCGGCUCACUCACGCCCUGUUCAACCCAGAUCUCGCCACCGCCGAGCGCCGUACUGGCGUCGCCCUAGGCACCGGGACAACAAUGGGCCUCCGCCUCAUGGGACGAAAGACCUGGCCGCCCGCCAGCUCCGAGCUCCGCCUGGCUUUGAUGGGCGUCCUGUCUGACUGUUACGAGGUUCCUGCCGCGUCCCAGCAGCAUACAUCAUAUACCACCGACCAACAACAAGGUCGGAAUGAUCCCCAUAGCCUUCUAGGUGACCUCAGCUUCUCUGUCCGCGACCUUUCCCCAGAAGAAAUAGACCGCUGCAUGGACCCGCACAAACUCGAGGCCCUCGAUUUUCUACGGCUAUCUUACAAGUCGCCCGCCCCCCUCCGACCCAUCCUCAGCCCUGCUGUACUGCUUAAAUACGACCACAUCUUCAAGCUCUUAAUGCGAGUGCUCCGUAUGCUCUACGUGGCUAACCAGCUCCUUUCACCCUGCUCCUCUCGCGCAAACCGCAAAGGCGCCCCGCUAUUAACACCAGUGGCAACUCGCUUCCAGAUUGAGGCCCGCCAUUUCAUACACCAGAUAGCGGGAUAUUUCUUCGACGUCGGGAUCCGUACCCCCUGGGCAAAUUGGGAGGCAUGGCUGGACAGGGUAGAGGAAGAAUCCCUCCACCCACCCGAACACGGACACGGUAACAACACCAACACCAACACCAACAUUAAAAAUAGAGACAGACAAGAAAAGACUAGGUUUGGGGGCACACGCGCGAGAGCAACACCAGAGGUCCUCCGCGACCGCCAUGAACGUCUACUCGACGAGAUCAUGGGCGCCCUACUGCUGCGCAAGCGCCAGGCGCCCGUGAUGGCAUUGCUGGAAGAAACAUUUGCCAUAGUGCUCCAGUUCGCAGCUGCCGAGACCGAGGGCCCGCUGGGGAAACCGCGGCUGGAGCAGGAGCAGGAACUGUAUCGUCAAUUUCGCAAAAAAGUGAGUGGAUUUGUCACAGUCUGCCGUGCGCUGCGGGAGAAGAUGGCGGUUUCUGCUAGUGGUGGUCGAGAAGAGGGGGUGGGGUCGGUGGAACAGUUGUUGGUGAGGUUGGAUCUUGAGGGAUUCUAUGCCAGGGGGGAUGACGAGGACGGUGGGUGGUGA